GAGAGAGAGAUGUUAAAAGAGCAAGCAGGAACUCCCUCUUAUAGGUGUUGCUCCAUUUCUUCAACCCUUGAGGAACACUGAAAAGGCUCUACAUCAGCUCCAUGGCUGACCAGAACACAACACAGCUUGUUGGUAACUCCAGCCCCUCAUGGCAGGCAGAGGCUUCCAGGGGAAUCCAAACUGUUGUCACUCUGCUUAUUUUCCUGGUGGGCGUAUCUUUGAAUGGGUUGGUGGUCUGGGCACUUGGACUGCGAGGUCGUCGUCACCUGGUGCGCAGAGGCAGCAGUGAGGAAACACGUGCUGCCAGCAGUUUCCGGGUCUAUGUCCUGAACCUGGCCCUGGGUGAUCUUAUUUUGCUCCUGCGAACUCCUGUAAUGUUAGGCUACAUUGUUCACAAGAACAGCUGGCCAUUUGGAACGGCCUUCUGCCACCUGGUAAUAUUCCUGAGAUGUCUGGGGCUGUAUGUCUCUGCUUUCCUCCUAUGCGCUGUGGCUCUGGAGCGCUGCUUCUGUCUGCUUAGGCCAGUGUGGGCGCAGCUGAAACGACCCUCUUGGGCUGUUCCUUUGGUCUGUGGAGUCUUAUGGCUGGUGGCCUUCAUCCUUUCUGUCCCCUACAUCUACUUUGCCGAACUGAAGAAAGUAAAUGAGACAUAUCAGUGCGUGGAAAGCGGGGAAUUUAAUUUAGGAUUGUUUCUGACAGAAACAAUAGCAGGCUUCCUAUUGCCUCUCAUUGUAUUCUUGGGAAGUAACCUGGCUGUUUUGGUCACAAUUAAUAAAGCGCUACCUUCGACACCCAACGGCACAUCCCCAUCAAUGGCUCGCAAGAUGACCAGGAUGUACCAUGUGCUCUUUUCCACCAUGCUGCUCUUUCUCACCUGCUGGGUGCCCUACUUUGUCAGUCGUUUCCUACUGGCCCUGGCAGAAAAAUCGUCUCCUUUGUACAAAUCAGCAUUGCAAGCUGUAUACAUCUCUCUGUUUCUGGUGUACAUCAAGUGCGCUCUUAAUCCUGUGCUGUACGUGUUUGCUGCCAGAGGCUUGGGCCGUGCCAUCAAAGCUUCACUCGUCUCCACAAUUGAACGACUUUUUAAUGAGGAGUCCUAUGAGUCCAUACGAAGGAAGUCCCUCAAGAACUCCCAGAUCUAAUCUGGAUGUUUAGAAGUGUUUUAGCAAAUUACUUGAUUUGAAUUGAUUGACCCCAUGCAACCAUUUUCUGUACCAGCUUAGAAGGGUUACGUGGGGGCUGGAACCGAUCUCCAGCACCCAAUGGGAUAGAGAAAGGGUACACCCUGGACAGGUCACCAGUCUAGCUCAGAGCAAAGCAGAACACCAUGUACAACUCACACUCAAGGGCAGCUUAGAGUGACUUAUUAACCUUGCAGAUGUGUUUGGACUGUGAGAGGAAACCAGAAUACCUGGAGAGAAUGCCAGAAAAAAAGGGCACAGCCAGGAAACUUCAGAGCUAAGAACUGUGCCACCAUGAGGCUCUGGUUGACCUCUAUAUUUGUAGAAUUUCUUGUCCUCCCCUUGUCCACCCCUGCUGCUUCCCCUAACAUGUGUAAUGUAAAUACAAUUAAAGGAAUGAGUUACUAUAAAGCACUUUAUGUCAAUGUUUAUCAAUAUUGCUUUUGAGUCAGUCAUGUUUUUAUAAAUUGAUUUUCUUAUUUUAUGCUUUUAAAACUAUAUGAAUGUGUGUUACCGUUUAAAUCUAGUUGUUGAUACUUGUAAAUGGGGCUGCUGUCUUGCCAUGGCCUUCUUGGUUUAUUAAUAAUAUGUGUUUGAGACAGAGAAAUUUGUUUUUUGGGAAUGUAUAACAUAUAUUGUGAUAUUGUGUGUUUCUAAACUGUAUAGUAAAAAUGCUUUUGUUGCAAAAUUGUUUGUAUGGAUUUCAUGUAAUGAAAGCACAAACAGUACCUUGCAAAAGGAUUAAAUACCCCCUGAAAUUUCACAGUCAAACUACAAACUUAUUGUAUUUUAUUGGGACAUUAUACAACAAAGUAGUCCAUAAUUAUGCUGUGUAAGGAAAAAAAAUAUUUUCAACAUCUUUUACAAUAAAAAAUCUGAAAAAGCA